UCGGUCGACCAAUUGCGUGUCGCGUAAACUCCAGCCCCAAAUUUGUACUUUUGUCCCACGAGCGGUUCCUCGUUCUGAGUCGGGUUCGGUCAGCAGACAUGAUGGACGCUCUGUCAGUGGUGAGUCAGCUCCGGGACCUGGCCUCGGAGCCGCAGAACCGGGAGGUGAUCGUCCAGGACCAGGGCUGUCUCCCCGGGCUGGUUCUCUUCCUCGACCACCAGAACCCCGACGUCCUGCUCGCUACUCUGCAGACCCUGCGUUACUUGGCUGAUUUGCCUCCCAACAUCCCCACCAUGAAGAAUGAACUGGGUAUGAUGGUGAGCUUGGAGAAUCUCAUGGAAAGGGAGGCUCUGUCUGUUGACAUUACUGCCUUGGCCCAGGAGGUGUUCAACAUCCUGCGUACACCUGCUAAUCCUGCACCCAGGACACCAGAGAGGGAGAAGAGACAGAAAUCCCAGUUCUUCAUCAACUCCUCCAACAAGAAGGCCAAGUCGGUCACUCUGCACAUUCAGGGACUGGACAGCACUGACCAGCGCGGCUUGUGUGAACAGGCUCUUCUGAAGGUCAGAGGAGUGAUCAGCUUCACGUUCCAGAUGGCCUCCAAGAGGUGCACUGUCCGUAUCCGCGCCGACUUGCCUACUGAGAGUCUGGCCUCAGCCAUCGCUGCCACAAAGGUUCUGUCAGCCCAACAAGUGGUGAAGAAUGAAGCAGGAGAAGAGGUUUUGAUUCCUCUGAGCUCCUCGGGAGUGAAGGUCGAACAAAACUCAGCAAUACCAGAUUACCUCCCGGAGGAAGAGGAGAGCCCAGAGAAGGAAGUCGACCGAGCAAUCUCCCGCACUACGGCAAAGGAAGAUUCCAACGGGAGCUGGCUCAACGCUGCUGCCGGCUUCCUCACAAAAACCUUCUACUGGUGAAACUGGAGCAGUUUCCCUGAAACUCAGGAGAUUGUCAUAGUUGAGCUAAACGACUGCCCCCUGCUGCUGUGUUUGUGACAUUAGUGGACAUAAAUGGAUGUGAGCAUGCCACAGGACUGCAUUCUGACUGUUUUCACAGUCAGAACUUCAAAUUGCCAUCGAUCCCUGUGACUAACUCAAAAUAUCAAUUUGCUCCAAAGUCUAGAACUGCUCUGCUCUGAAGUGAAUGGAGGCCCUCACACUUGAACAAAUGUCGAAGGACUUCAAUGCUAUUUUCUAUCCACUUUUCUCAUUGUGUAAAUAUUUUUCUCAUCUUUCCAUGUUUAUUCUUUGAAUUGUCUGUAAAAGUAAAUAAUAAAUAUUACUGUUUUAAUUUUU